GAAAAUUGCUAUUAUCCGACCAUGAUAAAACAGCGCAACUCCGUAAACAUUUACAUGAUAGUCAUGUUCAUCUUGUAUAGGUUUGGUUAGUAGCAUUUCGUGCGAACCCCGACGACGAAAUCAUUCCAUCCAGCCGUCGAAGCCGUGUUCUCGGGGGUUUGGGUUUGUGAUUUUGUAUAAAUCUCUAAAGUUUAUGUGCCAACUACUAUACAAAACAAAGAUUCGAACAUUCGAGCUGACUGCAAAGCUGCUUGAAGGAUCUGCCGAGCCCGCAUUAUCUGUGAUAUACAGCUCAGCCUCUCGUCCGUCCUAUAAGGGCUGGGCCACUUGGGGCUAGGAGGCGUGUCCGCAGCAGCUUCAGCGGUGAUCUCACCCUGCCCUCUGCUACAGAGGCACUAAACACUGCUACCUGCUUAAUUGACUGCAUCACUACGAACCAUUGUUACUUAGUCUAUAAUUGAAACAAUAUGCAAUCUGUGAAAAUAAGUCUAAUGCUAGGUGGAUAUUGUAGAAAAUUAUUCUAUUUAUAAAUAAUUGUCUGAUGUCUAAUGUUUCUGUAAUAUUAUGUGUUCCACGUCUAAUUAAGGAUAAUUGUUACUCCAAUAUUGAUAACUGUUACCGAACCAAUGCAAUGUAAUAACUCCACCUCAUCAUUGGUGGUGUACACAAAUAAAUUUGGUGCUUUUGAGCGAGUCGUUAAGAAGAAUGAGAGUCAGCAAGUUAGUGUAAAAAUGGUAGAUAAUAAUAUUUAUAAUGUAGAGUUUGUUGAUAGUAUCCAACAAAACCAAAUGAUUGGCGAUACGCCUAAAUACUGCAUUCCUUUAAUGAUUAACGCCAUAACAGUCCAGGGUAUCUCAUACAGUGACCCAUAUUUCAGUAGCUUUAACUUAAAGUAUAAGAUGGUGUUGGGAGCGCCAGAGUAUAUGAACAAGUCUGAUUACGCUUUUAAAUCCUCAGUUUGUAUUAUACGAGAUGAGCCUUGCGAGACGCAACUAAUAAACGAAAAGUCUGCUCGUGAUAUGAUAUGCAAAACGAAAACUCGAAUGAUUACUGAUUACGACAAGUCUGUAAAAACACACCAUGACAAUAACAAUGGAGCAUUAAGCUCGAAGUCAGCUUUGAAAGUAUUCGCUAACGGUGAUCUCACUUUGGAUGCGAUGUUGGAACUAACUAGAAGAGAAGAGGCUCUAGUGAAGAGCUUGGCUUGUGAAGAGAAGGACAGUUGGGGCUUGCCGCGUCGAUUGCGUUUGUGCGGUGGAGGAGAAAGCUCACUAAACGCAGCUACCGGUUGGGGAAGUCCUCCUGCUUCCAAUAAUGCUGCUGGGAACUGGGGCGGUAACAGCAGUGGCCAAACAAAUAAUGGAUCUAACAAUACUCAACAAUGGAACAACACGGCUCAACGCCCGCCUACUUCCCAAGCAGACAUGAACAGUAACAAGGGUAACGGAAACCAAAUGCCACCAACAAGUGCAGCUACUGGCCAAAACUGGCAAAGUUCUCCACCAAACAUGCCAAAUUCUCAAACUAACAAUAAUGGUGCGCCUGCUAGUAAUGGCACUAAUAAUCCAGGAAAUGGAAACAACGGAGGUAAUAACCCUGCUAAUCCAGCUGCAAACACGAACGGCCCAACAGGUGGCAAUGGUAAUGGCAACGUGAAUAGUACAUCCUCUGCCAAAAUCGAGAUCAACUCUAUGAGGGAGGCUCUAUUCAGUCAAGAUGGCUGGGGUGGACAACAUGUGAAUCAGGACACCAAUUGGGACGUGCCUGGCUCACCAGAACCUGGUUCGAAGGUAGAGCCUACUGCGGGUGCCCAACCUGCUUGGAAACCAAGCGUCAACAAUGGUGCAUUUCUGGGAACUGAUCUUUGGGAGGCAAAUCUCAGGAACGGAGGGCAGCCGCCUCCGCAGCCGGCCGCUAAGACGCCUUGGGGUCACACUCCGACGACGAACAUUGGGGGAACAUGGGGCGAGGAUGACGAUGCGGCUGAUUCUGCUAACGUUUGGACGGGACCACCACCUCCUCAGCAAUGGCCGGCCGGGCCGCCACAACACGCUCAGCAAUGGGGGGUACCUAAGAAAGACGAUUGGAAUGCGUGGGGCGAGCCUCAUCGCGGUGGAGAUCCACGAUUGGACCCCCAUCGCUCGGCCGAUCCGCGCCAACAACCCGCUGACCCUCGCCACGACCUACGAGGGGGAAUUUCCGGCCGUCUCAACGGAGAUAUGUGGAGUCAGCAUCACCAGCAUGCUGGCGGUCCGAACAAGAUGAUGCCCACUGGCGGCGUCAACCAAUGGGGUGCCCAGGGUCCAAAGGACUCGAUGAAAUCGUCGGGGUGGGAGGAGCCAUCGCCACCAGCGGUUCGACGCUCGGCGGGAGGUUUCGACGACGGCACCUCUCUAUGGGCCCAGCGGGCGGGUAUGGCAGGCAUGGCCCGUGGGGCUCCACAGGGGCCUCCAGCGCCCCAGCGUAUCCCACCAACGCCUACUAAACCAGACGCCGUAUGGGGUGCCCAUGGUCAACGCAACGGAUCCUGGGAGGAACCGCACGCCCCCACUUGGCCCGAUCGCGACGGAUCCGCGUGGCCCGAUCCAUCUGGGCCUGCGUUAUGGCCCGUGCCUCCUAAACCGAAACCCACUGGACCGGGGGGUGGGUGGCCGGACGAUAUCGGCGAAUGGGGCGGACCUAAGCCUCCGCAAGCUGGUCCGCUUGGCAAGCAGCUGCCUAAAGAAAUGGUGUGGAAUAGCAAGCAAUUCAGGUUCUUAGUGGAUAUGGGAUUCAAGAAGGAAGAGGCGGAGGCCGCACUACGCAACCGCGAUAUGAACGCAGAGGAAGCCCUGGAGUUACUGUCGGCUACCAGCCGCGACGGAUGGCGAAGGGAAGAACAGUUCGGACAUCACGCGCCUUUCCAACCACCGCCUAAUGUGCCAGCCGUUUCACCAGCGGUUGUACAGAAGCUACUUAAUCAGCCACCACCGCCGACUGUACAGCACCAUCAUUCUUACAACCCUAAUAGUGGCACGGGUAACAGCGGUCAGCCGAGCACGGCUCAGCUUCGUAUGCUAGUACAGCAGAUACAGAUGGCAGUGUCAGCGGGUUAUCUCAACCACCAGAUCCUCAAUCAGCCUCUGGCACCACAGACUCUGGUGCUACUCAACCAGUUGUUGCAACAGAUCAAGGUGCUCCAGCAGCUGGCUCAACAGCAUUCAGUGGCUUUGUCCAAGGGCAACUCUUCGAUCGCGCUGCAGUGUUCAGUGCAGAUCACUAAGGCUAAGCAGCAAAUAACUGCACUUCAGAACCAGAUAACAACUCAACAAGCGUUAUACAUGAAGCAGCAGGCCGGCGGCGCUGAUCUAUUCAAGCCGACCCACGAUCCUCUAGUUCAGCUCCAGAGUAACUUUAGUGACAUGGGCAUCACUAAGGACACUCAAGCGUAUGGAGCAAGCGGCAACCAACAGUCGCGUUUGAACCAGUGGAAACUGCCUUCCUUGGACAAGGACGGCGAAGGGUCUGAGUUCAGUCGCGCCCCGGGCACUGCCAAGUCUGCCGCCAGCCCUCAGCUCAACCAACUCGGCCUGCAGCCCGAUACUACUUGGGGGAUCGGACGCGGCUCCGAGGGUUGGGGCGACAGCGGCGCCGACGUGGCCGACGGCAAGGACGCCUGGCCCACGCAUCCGUCGCACCAGCCCGUCUACGAUCUCGUGCCAGAGUUCGAGCCCGGCAAGCCGUGGAAGGGUAACCAGAUGAAGAACGUGGAAGACGAUCCAGCUAUGACGCCCGGUUCUGUGGUGCGGUCCCCGCUUUCCUUAGCGGCUAUUAAAGAUACAGACAUGUUGGGGGGGAAGACUUCACCCCCUGGUGGAGAGCGUUCUCUCUCUUCUACCACUUGGAGCUACGCUCCUCCGGCUACUAGUGCCGCUGCGGCACUAAAGCCCCCGGCGGAUACGUGGGCGGGGAAGCCCCGGCCUGGGCCCCCUGGUUUGAACAAACCGUGGCCUCAGCACCAUGGCAAUGCUCAGCAGCGGCCAGUCACUUCGUGGCAGGCUUCCACUUGGCUCCUAUUGAAGAACCUUACUGCUCAGAUCGAUGGGUCGACGCUGAAGACCCUUUGCAUCCAGCACGGUCCCCUGCAGAACUUCCAUCUAUACUUGAACCAGGGCCUCGCUCUAGCCCGCUACUCCACUCGCGAGGAGGCGGCUAAGGCUCAGAUGGCGCUAAACAACUGCGUGCUUAGCAACACGACCAUCUUCGCGGAGUCGCCAGCCGAGUCCGAGGUGCAGAUGAUAUUGCAGCACCUCGGCUCCGGCGGCGGCGGCGCCUGGCGCGGCGGCGGCGGCGGCGCCAAGGACGGCUGGGGCGGGUUCCCGGGGCUUUGGCCCGACCACGACCAGAGGGCCACGCCUUCCUCCCUCAACUCCUUCCUACCACCCGACCUCCUCGGCGGCGAGUCCAUCUAAACCAGCACCGAGGUAAUUUCCGCCACUCUGACCGCCACAAGAAGUUCAACAAGUUUCGAAGCCGAAAAUCGUCGUUUAGCAGCCACCGUGCAACGACACUGCUACUCUGAUUUCGGAAUCAGACGUUCGGAGUGCGCUGAUUUCUGAUCCAUCUGCGCGUUCACGCCGUCGCCCGGACUUACGGAGAUUCGACCGACGCUGCCCUGUACUGUACAUACCGUUGCCGUGUCAAUUACCCACGAGUUGCGAAGCUUCGGGUCUGCUUCGACGGCGGCGCGGACCCUGGUGUCUAGUUGUAAUUACGCUUUACCCGUCCCCCGUAUGGGGACAGACUAAUUUUAUUCGCCUAGUCAGAUCGCGUCGGACGCGUCGCGCCGCGGACCGCACGAGGCGCGACGCGGCCGCAGUAGCCAACUGUCCACAAUACUAUUAUCUACUGUGUUUGUAAGUGUUCAUGUAGAUUAUUUAGUGUACAUAAGAAUUAUACAUAUACAACGGCAGACAUAGAAUGUAUCGACAGUUAUAUGAAAUAUAUUAUUAGCGCUAGGUGGCUGGCCCGCGGGCUGGUGAGACCGGCCCGCGGACCGUACUUGAUCGGACCGGAUGGACCGCGGGUCCGUUCCUGUAUUCUACCAAAUAACGUAGUAUCGGAAUAUAGAGUAGUUGCGUCGCGGGCUACCUCAGUCACUCGUCCCGUGGCCUUAUUUUAGUGUGUAUUUAUUUUGUUGCACUCGAGGGCUGUUGCUGUUUCGCCCGUCGAGCUGUUGCGUUCCGAGUUUUCUCUUUCGUGUUCGUGUUUUUUUUAUUUUUUUUUCUCGUUUUAUCCAUACUGAUGUAUUUUUAAUUAUUAUUUAUUCUGUUUUGAAUUCUCACUCGUAAUGAGCCUUUCGUUUUCCAAUAGUGAUAUUUUUAUUCAGCAAUAAAUGUAUAAGUGCAUUUCGCAGAUAAACAAAUGUUUACAAUUAGUUUGUAAUUUUAUAUAAUAAAAAAUUUAAUAAAAAAAAAAUGAAAAUUAUGAGAUUCGAAGUGCAUUCUUGUAGUGGUAAAUUCCUUUUAAGCAGUGUAUAGUCUGAAAUGGAAAUGAGUAUAUACAAAAAUAUAUACUGUGGAGCGAGCGGCGCCGGCGCUUGCACUGAACGUUCGCAAGGGCGGUGCAGGUGGGCCAGAGAGCGGAGCAUCUGUGAAGUAACGUCGUGCUUCUAUAAACGUGACUGUUGAAGUGUGCCGAGUUAGUUGGACGUUAUACGACGAUAUCGCUGGGUUCUCAGUUCUCCCCACCCGUGAUGGCGUCGGGUGGGACGGUACAGAACGUGUGCCCGGGUGCUGGCCGGGCGUCGCCACGGUGUCGACAGUGAGUGACGACAGUGUGGACAAUAUUACGAACGAAGUUUAGUAUACAGUGGUGGUGGCGACGCCGGCCGCAGAAUGGCGAACGGACCGCGCGCUCCCUUGCAAUCCAGUAAUCCUGUGAUGUAAAGUAUCUUGCCUAAAUGUAAGGAUAAUCUAUUUUGUUGGAGGGUAUCGAACGAGAAGCGAGUCGCCGGCGCGGCGGUCCGCCUCCGUCGUUGCUGAUGUUUCCCCAAAAUUUUUCCAGUAUUUGUGAUUCAAGUGCCACUUUAUGUUUAAUAAUAUAUGAAACGAUUAUCUAGAUUAUACGAUUAAUGUAAGGGUAACCUAAUAUAUUAUUAAAUUGAAAAAAUUGUUUUAUCAUUUUAUAUUACAUACAUUUGUGAGAAGUGUUAAAAAAGUACUAUAAUUGACAGUAAAUAUUACACUUUUGUGUAUAGGUAAGAAUAAAGUUCUAACUUAAAUUUAGCCAUAUCAAUAUCUAUUUAAUAAAAAAAAGAUUUGUGGUAUUUUCUAUAGGCUCAAUUUGAACGUUAUUCAAAGUGACAUAUGCUUUAGAUAUUCUGUUAAUAAUAUACUUGUAGUCGUAGGCUCCAUGUCGGUAUUACAUCAUUGUAGUUAUAUAAGUAUACACUUAAGUCCUAUCGUAGGUUUCAAUAAGAAUACUAUUGAUAUUUAAUGGCAACGAUCGCACUUGUAAAUGUUCGUUAUUAUAAAGUUUAUUUACAUUUUUAUUUACUUUUUAAUUUAUUAAUGGUGUGCCACAGAGAUACUCUGCCAAAAUAUAUCAUUACCAAUAUAUUACGGGAUUAGCUAAGCAGAGAGGCGGGUAGACGCCCCCCCGUACCAUAGAGACCGUCUACGACGGACCCACCACGCUUUCGGCCUCCCGCCAUCACAAAGCGAAUGACUAAUGUACAUUAUAAUAAAUAUCUUGUAUUUCGUGCAUCUUCCAGUGAUCUUACGAUUAAACAUAACGACUAGCUGUAAGUUAGGUGUAAGUAAUCGCUGUACCUUGUCGGGCCUCGCGCUCGAGAACUUUCACAAAUUAAUUAAGUUAGGAGACGCGAUAUUGGAUAUAUAUUUGUGCGUUAUGAACUCUUGAUCGCUUCGGACCUGUAGUAGUUCUAGUUGAUUAAAUGUUUCGAUGUAUGAUGUGUUCAUUUAGAAACAGAAAUUAGCAUCUCUCAUUACUACCUUGAUACCUUACUAUAGGGACCGACGGACGGUGUUUCUCUUUCACGAAUUGCAUAAUCUUUGUUGCCUAAUUGUUUGCGAAUCGUUCGUGUACGACGGUUACAGUGGCGGUCAAAGUUGUAAACGUUGGUUAUAGUCGGGACAUAUUCCAAAGCGCGCUAUAAGACUGUCUGAACAUCUCCACCGCAAUGAUAGCAACGCACAUCAUACUAUGCAAUCGCACCAAUGACGCAACGUUGCAAAAGGGGCCAUAACUAGGUAUUGUCUUGAAUUAUAAUGUUAGAUUGCCAAAGAGUGAGUAUCAAAGAUAUAAAUGGUGUCUAAAACCAGAUUGCAUCUCUGCGCUUGAUUAUUCUUCCAAAUUGAUUUGAAAUUAUUUUUGUGGUACGGGUUAUUGAUCUGAUGUUCCUAUAUCAAUCGUGUUACGUCUGUACAACAAUAGUACACACAAACUAACAGUUCUAUGUCAAUUCUAUUGUUGUCGAGCUCAAUUUACGGGAGGGUCUUUUUUUAUCUAAUUGAUAAAGUUAAAAUGAGAAUGUUACAUUUUUUUACUGAUAUUACUAUUCUGUCCACAUGUAGUACACCGACGUACUCGUUGCGGAAACUGCAAAAGUUCUCCGGUGGAAUAUGUGAAUUUAAUUCAGCAAUAAAAUAUUAACAUUGAACAUUAAUUUUUAUAAAAGUUUUUUCAAUAUUUUAAUAGUAGACAAGCCGAAGUAACGGAAAGUAUAAUGAUCCAGUGCCCUGUAGAAUACGUUGUCCAUAGAAUAACGACAAUCGUAAUGCCUUGAAAUGUUUAGUCAGUUAAAAGGUAACCAGUACUUAAAUAAUGGGUAUAAUGUUUAGGCGUUGUGGUAGGAGUGGCGAGAGCGGCCACGCCAGGCCUCAAGGUUGUGAACAGUGGCGAUCGCACCGCCGCGUUAACUGAAUCUCCUCUGGUUCAAUGACUGCGUCUUAUUUCCUGCACACAAUUGCCCACGUGCAAUUUAGUCUGUGUUAUUAUUAUGUUGUUGUAUAUUUAUUACAUACAUCUAUACCGUAAUAUGUGUAUAUAUUGUGAAAUUUAUAUUCAUAAAAAAAAGAUUUAAUACGCUUCACGCUUUCACUUUUAACAUUUUCGUAACUUGUUUCUGUUAUUUAGAAUAAAUUUACGUACCUAAUUAUAAUAAUUAUCAUAGGUGUAAAUGUAAGAAUAUAUAAAAAAACAAAAAUAAAAAAAAUAAAAAACGAAAAAAAGAGAAAAGCAAUUAAAAGAAACCAAUGAUUGUGCCUCAAUGAACUGUGGUACGUUACCGUAACCGAUGGCAGGUGUAAUCGUUUCCUUCAAAAAUGUAUUAUAAUGAAUUUGUGCGCUCGGCCGCCUGGUCGGGCGGUAGACAAUAUAAGGCUGCGUGCAGCGGGGCCCGCGCCCACGCCUUUGUGUAAUCAUAAAUGAGCUUAGCUAUGUUUUACUUUUAUUGUAAGUGUUAUGUCGUCAAUCAACAUUUUAUAUAUAUACCUAUGUGUAAAUAUUUUUAUCUAUUUAUUUUGGUUUUUUCAUGAAGUUUACCCGAAUUAACGAACUUGAAAAAUUUGUUGCUUUAUUUUUGAGUCACUUUCGUAUGAUACAUUUAUAAUCACGCGGGUUUCGUGCGAACUCGUAUCCAAAUUCGUGUCUAUUCCACAACUUGAAUGCCAAAGUCGAUGUCUAUGCCAUUAAACGACCACUACUGUUCUUAGAUUAUCUGCAUCGAUCUCUGACAUCACAACAAUAUAUUGAUCGUACAAAUGCGAGCCAUUUAUAAAAAAUAUACAGCCUCUGCUUAGGUCGUUAUUCUAUCCAAGCUGCUCUGGUGUUAUUUUAGCUCAAGUAUUCAAAUAGUAGUUUGCUCAUAAUAUUGUUGUUAAUUUUAAUUAUUUUAUUGUAUUUAAGGCUGUAGUACCGUUCGAGGAUAUCAGUACGCGAAUCGCUUUUUCAAAUAAUUCUGUAGACACCGUAAUGUUUUGGUUCUAGCUCGCUGUGAUCACACGACUGAAGUUCAAAUAUAAUAUGCGAAUAGUGAUAGGGGGUUACCUGGGACUCGGUGGAGAUCGCGUACUGACUUCUCGCGGUGUUGACACUAAACGCUUUCCCUAUUAGAGUGGAGUGUAUUCUAAAAACCUAUUUUGUAAUCUCCCAAUUUAGCUUUUAAUCCCGUGAGUCGUCGUAUUCAGUGAGUCGGUAUGCCGCCUAUAUUUUAUUUCUGAACUGUCACACGAUUUCGUGUAAUUUUUAUAGUUUUCAUUCGCUGUUUGCUGCUAGUGAUUUCGGCACGAUCGAGUCAUUGGGCAUAGAAUGUCAGCAGCAGUGCGCUAGCGCUUCUGCUCAUUGUCGCAAUCUCUUCAUUGUGUUAUUAACGCAUUGUACUUCAAACUGGCACACGUUACUUAUUCUUAUCUCAGGUAUAGGGACCAAACAUGUAUGGGGUAGUGUGUCUUGCUGAAUUCUCACAAAGCUGAAUUGACUCAACGCAUAAUCACUAAAAGACAUUUCUCAUUUUCCAUUGUUUGUAUCCUCUGCCGUCGCAUAAUAAUGACGAAUUUGAAUUUAUGACAUUACUUAGUGAUAGUGUUACAAUAUUCAAGAGGGCCUUUUAAUUUUAAUAAGGUUAAAGUUUUUCUUGUUGUCUUUAUUUAUAUAUAUUUUUGUACGUUACGACGUUGGGCGUCCUACAAUAGAAGCACAUUAGGUGAUAUCUACAAAGAAACUAGUCUUCCUUGUUUAUGAGGGGUCGUGGCGGUGAUGCGACGUCGGCACAAGAGGCAAUCAUUCCUCUAGUCUUGUUAUGUGGUGCGAUAAAGUUAAUACCAAAUAUAAAUAAAAUAAAAAAAGGCUUUUGACGUAGUGUGUAGAGGUAUUAUGGUAGAUCGGCCCGAGCAGCUUGGAACCCUGUGACAUGUUACAAGGGAAUGGUUGGGUAGUAUUAUAAUAAUGCAUUUAUUUCUCUUUUUAUCAUAGUCACUCAAGCAUAUAUUUUUAAUUAAUUGAGCUAAUGCCUAAAAUUGGAAUAUCAGAGUUUAUUUAGGAUGUUUCAUAUUUUACAUUUUAGUGUUUAAAUAUCUAAAAUUUACCUUAAUUAUAGUGAAUGGAUUUUUGUAUUAUUGGUAUAUAGCUGUAAGUUAAAGGGUGUUCUUGAUAAACAACAAACAACUGAUUAUAACAAAAAAAAAAUUAACUGAGUGACUUUACGUGUAAACAGAGGGCCAUUGAUUAAAAAAUGUUGAACUAAGCUAAAUUCUCUAUAAUGGUAAUUUAACUAAAUGUGAUUGCUGAAAAAAUAUUUUUAACUGCUUUAUGUAUAGUAAUUAUAGAUCAGUAAGUCGCCAUUUAUCCGUUAGCUCGGUGAGCGGUAUCAAACAUACAUGCACACUAUCUGUAUUAUGUAGUCGAUCUAAUAACGGGGAGGGAACGCAGACGUUUUGGCGUCACAUCGAAUCGUAAAUUGGUUGUGUAAGUGUUACGUUGUUCGUGCCAAGAAAUAGUUUACAAUCACGUCAGAAAGAUUCAUACAUUGAUUCCAACCUCUAUGGUCCAUACAACACGUGCGGGCAUACGUGUGUAAGCUCAAGUUUCUGUGCGCGAACUGUAACGAAUAGUCUACUUAUGUCUUUAGAGCCCAAAUGUCUGCGUUUCCGCCGCGAUCAGGUGCAUACCUUCUCUGCGAGCAAUAAAAAAAACACUAUAGUUGCAUUUGAUUCGUUGUAUUGGAACACUAUUAUAGCGUUUAUGUAUAUAUGUAUGUGUACGAAGGCCAACCCCCACCACAUAGUUAAUUGAUGCAGUAGACUCCAGAUGCUGCUUGCUAACUACACAAGACACUGCUUCUCUAGUCUCUCUUGCAUUCGAACAUCGCUUUAAUAAAGCUUUUGUUAUCGAGCAUAAUUAACGAUCAUAUCCUUUUAUGACUAGUUUAUAUUCGUAUUAUUCUUUCAUUAGAUCUCUGUUGUACCUGUUUGAAAUUGUUUAUAUUGAAUGUUCAUUUGUACGCUAAGAGGAGUGCAUCGGUCUCGACGUCACCGUGCUUCAUUCGAUAUACGUAAUUGUAGUACUAGUGACCAAAUUAUCUGUUCCACUAAAACGAAAAACCUCUCAAUAUGUCCAUAUCUAUUGGCGUCAAAAUCAAUACUCUGUGGUCUUAAAUUAGUCACUUUUGUACCUUGAUUGUACUUGAAUAAUAAAACCUAGUAAGUGAGGAACGACUAAUCCAAUUCUGAAAUAUACUUAAUUUAAAUUUUAACAGACUGAUAUCUGUGAUUAAGAAAAUAUUUUUAAAUAUUAUCCAGUGAGUCGGAUGAGAAUAUUUAUUUUGUUAGAGGUUUCCUACUGCCGUCGCUCGGCGCAUAUUACUAUGUGACGUGACACUACUGCUUCGUAUAUUUUUUUACUUUAGUGAGAGUAACGAGUUUGAAUACAUAUUAAUAUGAUCAUUGUUGACAACUGACCUUUCGUUGGUACUAGUUUUACAUUUAAACGAACAAGCUUGUUAAAUAACAAACCAACCCCACCAUAGCAUAGUAGCUACCCUAUGGGAACGUGCAUUACCAAGGUGUAACGAUUACAUGACAUAAUUUCUUAAUGAAUUCUGUCUGCACACUAUGGAGACUGAUAAAACUGAAGUUAAUAAUGUUAAUAACCACCGAUGUCAUCUGAAAUUGUUUUCUUAAAAUACCUAUUUGAUCUUGAACGUUGCAUAUCUACUACAUUUCUAAUUCGAAUGAUUUUGUUGUAUUCAUAUCUGUAAUUUCCACAACAUAUGAGUUAAGUUUGAUAUUUAUAAAAAGCCUUAUGUUAACAUAAUAAUUGUAUUUAAAUACCUGGUAGUUAGUUACGUAGUGAGUGACAUCUCAUUUAUAUGAAAGUAAAGCGAUUGGCAUUUCACUGACUAAAUAAUAUUUUUGGUACCACCUUUGAGUUAAAAGUACAAUGUAGUUAUAAAGCGUGUUUAAUUGAUGUAUGUAUUCAUUACAACAAUAUCAAUGGUAAUCUAAGUUAGUGUAGACUUAAGAUGUCUCGUCUCACAUUACACCAAUUAAUAAUUAAUAAAUCUCCUUGAUAUUUGUAUUGGAACACUUACUAUUAAUAGGCCAGAUACUAAAUUAUGUCAUAUUUACUUGUAUCAAUAGGGUAAAGAAAAAUAUAAUGAAAAAAGGCAAAAAAAAAAAUUUUUUUUUCUGUGCAAAACUCUGUGAUGAGAAUUUAUUCUAAAGAUCUAGUAUUAGCUGAAAAUGAGACGAAGGCUUGUCACUCUGGAAUUUCCCCUCCAUUUUGUGAAUGUAACAGCUGUUAAUACUCAUGUUAUGUAAAGCUGACACCCGAGGGGAAAUAACUCGUGGCAUGCCGGAGUUUCAUUGUGACUUUGAAAGUUGAACUUUUCAGUCUUUGCGCGCAAAGGGUUGUGUAUUAUUUUUACGUAGUACAAAUGUGUUCGCAAUUUGAUUGCUGCUGUAGUGUUCCUUAUGUUCUUAUUCAAAUUAACUUUGUUGGGUAUUUAUUUGGAAAUUUGUAUUUUUAAUAACUAAAAUGUAUUGUAAAUCAUAAACGAGGCGAGCGUUAAAAUUUUGUAAUAGGAAAAUUGUGUAUGAACGGCUGCCUUAAUAGUAAUAUGUGUAUCAACCUUCCUUCCUCGUACAUGUGUGUAGUCCGGGCGGUUCGCUGUAUAGAACCGCUUUGGUCCGCCACGUACCAAAUAAUAGGGUAGCCAUGAUUUGGACCGCGCGACCCCAGCUUUUGUUCACUUUUGCCAUGGCGACUGGGCAUUUUCUUACUCCUUUAUGCUGCGUUCACAAUAAGUAUGCUUAAGUGCCUUCAGAUUUGUAUGUAAGCGAAAUUCAACGCGAAAUAUUUUUUUACCAAGUCUUUUCGAUUCUUAUUGCAUAUUAUAUUCAUAUCAUUUUGUAGAUAAAUCAAUUAGUGAAAUAUUCGUUUUAGACAGUAGGCUCAGUCGCCCACCGGCAGAGGGCUCGCGUGGUCCUGAGCUCUUAUCUAUUACCUCAUUCAAUAACCUCACAUAGUGUGUCCUAUAUCAAAUUAUUUUAUCGACUCUGUACUUAUCGCACGCACUGCACUGUUAUUUGGUACACUUUACUUCUGUUUAAGUUAAUUUAAGGUGUUUUAUCAUAAAUUUUAUCAGAUAUUCGGUAUAUUUUCCUGUUACUUUUCUGAUACUACCUAAAAGCAAUGUAUUUUACAAACAAAACAGGAGAACAAUAAUUAUUAUGUAAGUGUAACAGUUAGUGAAUUUAAGUGUGCUAUUUUCCAUUCCAGAACUCAACGAUAUCAAUGUUCAUGUAAACUUAUGUUCGGGUUUUAAAAAUGUUAUUAUUGUAUAAUUAAAACUAAACCUUAUGUGAUUGAAAUGCAAUGUUUAGAAGUAUUUUAUUCUUUAUUUUUUACCAUUAAUUAAUGAAUAGUUAGUAGAGAUCUAUUUGAGAGUCUAAUGUAUCAAUUAUUUGUAAAGUUGGCUGUAACUAAUUAGAAAGUUACAAUAAGUAGACAUAUUUUAAUAUAAUAACAUUUGGAGCAAAUUUUAUGUAGACGACAAAAUAGUUGUUUUGAUGAUUAUGUGAAGUGUUGUAUCGUAUCGUAUCGUUAGCGCAAUGUGUACGCACAACGGUGAGGCGGGUCGAGGGUCGCGGCGGGCGGCGGCGGCGGCCGUGGCGGCAGCGAGCGAGCGUGCGACAUGCGACGCGUGUAGCGACCGCGACCGCCCGCCGCCGUCGCCCCGGCGCGACCUCCAGUCACUCCUCGACCGGCAGACCCUCGACUCUCACUGCACAGCACUGCUAGACUAAUUCAGUUAUGCGUAAGGAUAUUUUUCUUACAUUUCGAUAAGAGUAAUGUUUAUAGUAUAGGCAAUAAAUAAUGUUUAACAAAAAGUCCCUAUAUAAUCGAACUGACGACAGAAACGCAUGUUAUAUUUGUGGCCUCUUUAUGAAUAAGAUCUAAGUUACAUGUUAAAGAAAAUUAAUUUUGCUAUGCACAGAAAUGAUACUCAAUUAAUUGCCAAAAAGUUAUAUGUAUAUUCAUAGUUCAACAAUAUUUCUUUUGGGCAUAUUUACUUUGAAUUUAUUAUGCAAACUUAGAUUAUGAUUAAGUAGUUGUAGAUUUAUAUGUAGAGUGAAUGCAUAUAUUAUAAUAUAAUAUAUCUAUAUAUUUAAAAGUAAGGUGAAUUUGAGAGGUAUCAAUUUCAUGUAUUGUUCUUAAGUUUAGAUAAUAAAUGGGUUUAGCCAUACUUCGGCUGGUUUGAUAUGUAUGUUAUCUGAUUAAUUGUAAAAAAAAUAAAAAAAAUCAUUAAACUCGUUAGUUUUAUUUAUCUCCACUUAAAUACCCUGUAUGUUUUUUGUGCCGUUUUAUCACGGUUGAUGAUUGUCUUUGCUUGGGAAAUGGGAACAUUGCCAAGGGCUCAGUGUAUUUCUGGCAGCUGGGAAUUUUGGUUAGUUCUCAAAAUAUUCAAAAAAUUAAUAAUAAAAGGGAAUUCAAAUACCUAUAUAGUUUAUGCUUGUGUUAAGGAGGAGCUCGUUGGCGCAGGUGGUUAUCGCAUUCGUCACGGUCUACGACCGUGCGUCACAAUGUACCGCAAGCAAGAACAACUAGCAAGAAAGUAUUUUUAAAAGCAUGUC